AUGACGGAACAGGUCAAUGAGGUGAAGGGCUCUAGGCCACGCAGAAGGAGCCGCCUCAGCCUGUCCGCCUCCUUCGAGGCGCUCGCCAUCUACUUCCCGUGCAUGAACUCCUUCGACGACGAGGACGCGGGGGACAGCCGGAGGCUGAAGGGGGCCAUCCAGAGGAGCACGGAGACGGGCCUGGCCGUGGAGAUGCCCAGCCGGACGCUGCGCCAGGCCAGCCACGAGUCCAUCGAGGACAGCAUGAAUAGCUACGGCUCAGAGGGCAACCUUAACUACGGGGGAGUUUGCCUGGCAUCAGACGCACAGUUCAGUGACUUUCUUGGCAGCAUGGGGCCAGCGCAGUUCGUGGGCCGCCAGACCCUGGCCACCACGCCGAUGGGGGACGUGGAGAUCGGCUUGCAGGAGCGGAAUGGCCAGCUCGAAGUGGACAUCAUCCAGGCUCGGGGACUGACGGCCAAGCCAGGCUCCAAGACACUGCCAGCGGCCUACAUCAAGGCCUACUUGCUGGAGAACGGCGUCUGCAUUGCCAAGAAGAAGACCAAAGUUGCUCGCAAGUCGCUGGACCCACUGUAUAACCAGGUGCUGCUGUUUCCUGAGAGCCCCCAGGGCAAAGUCCUGCAGGUGAUCGUGUGGGGGAACUAUGGGCGCAUGGAGCGGAAGCAGUUCAUGGGUGUGGCCCGAGUGCUGCUGGAGGAGCUGGACUUGACCACCCUGGCCGUGGGCUGGUACAAGCUCUUCCCCACCUCCUCCAUGGUGGACCCGGCCGCGGGCCCCCUGCUCCGGCAGGCAUCCCAGCUGUCCCUCGAGAGCACCGUGGGGCCCUGUGGCGAGCGAUCUUAGGGCCGGGGUGGGGAGGGGCUCCCCAAGAAGGCCUGGAGAAUGCCCAGCCCCAACCUGGGACCCCAGGCCCAGGGGCACAUUGAACAGAGGAGGAUGGGGUUCUCCCCCACGGUGGGGAAGCAGAAUGGGGAGACCUGACCCCCAGGGCCCCUCCUCACCCCCUCUUUGCCUCCUACCCCCAAGACCUCCCCUCUCCCAA